GGCCCCCGGAGCGGGCGGCCGGGAUGCGGUGCGGGAAGAUGGCGACACCGCCGCCGGCAGCCGGGGCGCCGGGCGCUUGGGGUGGCGUGCGGCGGCGCUGCCAGCGGCUGCUCUACUGGGUGCCGGUGCUCUUCAUCUCCAGCAUCCUCUGCUGGUCCUACUACGCCUAUGUCACCCAGCUCUGCCUGCUGACAAUGACAAAUAUUGGAGAAAAAGUUGUGUGCCUGGUUGCUUACCACAUAUUUUUCAUGCUGUUCGUCUGGUCAUAUUGGAAAACAAUCUUUACGCUACCAAUGAAUCCUUCAAAAGAAUUUCAUCUAUCAUAUUCAGACAAGGAGUCCCUAGAGAGGGAGCCUAGAGGUGAAUCCCAGCAAGAAGUCUUAAGACGGGCAGCCAAGGAUCUUCCUAUCUAUACACGGACAAUGUCUGGAGCAAUCAGAUACUGUGACAGAUGCCAUCUUGUAAAACCAGAUCGUUGCCAUCACUGUUCAGUAUGCGACAAAUGCAUUUUGAAAAUGGAUCAUCACUGCCCUUGGGUGAACAACUGUGUAGGAUUCUCCAAUUACAAAUUUUUUCUUCUCUUCUUGGCUUACUCGCUACUGUAUUGCCUUUUCAUUGCUGCAACAGAUUUGCAGUACUUUAUCAAGUUUUGGACAAAUGGCCUUCCUGAUACUCAGGCCAAGUUCCACAUCAUGUUUUUAUUCUUUGCUGCAGCUAUGUUUUCUGUCAGUUUGUCUUCUCUCUUUGGGUAUCACUGUUGGCUUGUCAGCAAGAAUAAAUCUACAUUAGAGGUAUUCAGAGCUCCCAUAUUUCGUCACAGAACAGAUAAGAAUGGCUUUAGCUUGGGCUUCAGCAAAAACCUAAGGCAGGUGUUUGGUGAUGAGAAGAAAUACUGGUUGCUGCCUGUGUUUUCAAGUUUAGGGGAUGGUUGCUCCUUUCCAACUUGCCUUGUUAGUCAGGAUCCUGAGCAAGCUUCCACACCUGGUGGACUUAAUUCAUCAUCCAAAAAUGAGAACCAUCUGUUUCCUGCAAAGCCGUUGCGUGAUUCCCAGAGCCACCUACUUACGGAUACACCAUCUUGGUCAGAAACUACUGCAAAGGCUGAAAAGGGCAAAGUUGGUAUGAGCAAUCCUGCAUUAACCAUGGAAAAUGAAACCUAAUUUCCCUUAAAAGAAACAUCUGAAUAUGUAAGGAAAGUUUAAGAACAAGCUGUUGUUGGAAGGAAGAUGCAUUCUUCCAAAUAUCAGCCCUGUUGGCCAGCUGCUCCUGUCUGCUCCUCUAUGGAUGUGCUCAGAAAACAAACUGACAGAUGAUUAGCUGUCUCCAUGUCACUGCUUGAAACACGAAACUAAACAUACUACUUCUGAACCAUAUAAAGGAUGUUUCAACUUAAAAUUACUGGGUUUGAAUGGUGAAGGAUGACUGAGUACUAGAAAGUAGAAAAAAAGAAGAGUCUGUGUUUACAAUUGUAAAAAUUCAAUGGCUGGUUUUACUUUGAUAUUCAGCACAAGAAAAAUGUGAUCUCCUUACUAUAAGUUCAUGUUCUUGGCUUGGUUUUGAAAAUUCACCUUUUAAUUGAAGUUAUUGCAAGUAGUUGACUUUAAAAUCAAAUUUUUGCACUACUGGCUUUAUGGAUUGGGAGAACAGCCAGUGUUGAUUAGGAAUAGUUUAGUGGCUUGGUGGACUGUAUUUUCUUUUGAGCCCUUGAUAAGCAAUUUUUGAAGAUAAGAAGACCUAAGUGAAGUGUCUGACUGUUUUUGGACCAUUUUUUGGAAAACAUUAUUGUAAGAGCUCUGUUUUCCCUCAGAUAUGUACUACCAAUAGUUUGAAAAGUUGCUGAGAGGGAAAAAAAUCCUUUGGUUAAUUGAAUGCUACAGUGGGUCACUGCUCAGUGAUGCGAUAAAAAGCCUGUGUUCAGAUGGGUAAUACGUAAACUAAACGUAUGGGGAUUUUGAUGGGAGCUGCACAGAAUAGUCCUAUGAAAUGGGAAUUUUAUUGUCCCAUUUGGAGCUCUUAACCCCUUUGGGAAGCAAAUGUUGGCCCUGAACUUUGAUCUAAAAGGCUUUUUACCAACUGUGUUAGUUACUGAGGGCCACUUACUAAUUUCUUAUUAAUUGAUAUUUGUCUCAGAUUUCUUUUUUCACUUUUUCUUCAAGACACUGCCUUUCUUAUUGCAUAACUUAAUGAAUACCAUAUACAGUCAAGGAGACUUACUGUUACAGUUUGUGAUAUUUGCAUUUACAGGACAAUGGACUUUUGAUUGCAAUACCAAAAAGCCAAGCUGCUGUACAUAGGAAAUCCCAUUCAAUUAAGUUAGGACCUGGCAGCUUUCUUAGGAUUAGAGUUUACUUACCAGAAUAAAAGAGGCAUUUUUGGCUCUUAAAGUCAAGGAAGUUCCAGCAACACAAAUCUAAUUGUCUUGUGCCUUUUGUAUACACUACAUUUAUGGUAUCAGUGUUUACAUUUAAAUGCAAAUUUCUAUUCUGAAAACAACUUUAGGAGGAAUUUAGUUAUGCUUUCUAGGGGGCUAGAUAAAAAGAGUAGUCAAAAAAAAAAGUGAAAACCUCUCAGACUAUGCUGAAUUCAGUUGAAAAAGUGCUUCUGUUGUCAAACCUGAGUUAUUUAGUAGUUUGGUUUACAGUAUAAAGAUGCCAGUCAUUUGUUCAGGAAACUGGCAGCAGGACUAAAUGAUAUAAUUCUGAAAGCUGAAGAUGCUAUAAUUAACUUUUCUGCCAGCAGGUAACUUUAAAAUUUGUCCUUCUUGGGUGUGCAACUUUAGUUCUUGCUGGUGUAGCAAAAUGUGGCUUUGUUUUUUCCUCUAGUAAGGGAAAAUGUAUUUAUUUUAUUUUUUUUAAAUCUCAAAAUUUUACCAGCCUGAAAACAUCUGUUUAUUGCCAGAAGUGCCAGAGUGUGGAUCCCUUGAUGUAGGACACCUUUUUUAAACUAGCAUGAAGGUAGCAUACAGUUUACAUGAUGCCUGCAGAGAUCUAGUUACCAAAAGAUUUUUUGCAGCUCUUUAUUCAGUGUUGUUCUGUCAGCUUACCUCAUAUUCGUGUUUGUUUAAAGGCGAACUUGUCAAGGGAUAAGGGGGAGAGGGAAAAUAUAUUUUUUAACACUUCAGGUUCUCUAUCUGUAGAGUCUUGUUUUUUAUGCAGUUAGUCACAGGGUGGUUUGUCAUGGAGCAUGCAUUUAAAAAUACUGAGUAGAAAGUUGAAAUUCAGCUUCAGUGUAUCUUGCUCCAUAUUUUUAUGUAAAGACAAAAGAUUUCUUCCCCAGCAAAACACGUCAUGGAAAUGGAUCUCUCUAAUACAGAUGUCAGCCUCUCUGUGUCCAGGGCUCUGAGAUCUCUCAGUAAGGCUGGGGAUUAGUGUAGAGAAAUGACAGAGAUAAGGGAUCAAAAAAUGCCUGACUUCUCCAUGUCUCAGAAGUCACACUUGGAAAGCACAAUAGCCCUAAAUAAUCUGCAGCUUUGCUGCAGCCAGAGGCUGUCCCCCUCACAGAAAACUGAUGGAGGCAUGGGAAACAGACACUGAUGAAGGGAGGAGAAAGGGAAAGAAAGGAUGGUAGCUCAAGAGGUAAACAUUGAGCAGGUCUGAGCCGGAGAGCUGUAGCUACAUCUGCUCCCUGGAUGGGCAUGAGCUGUGUCUCCAUGAAGAGCACUGUCAAGCAGGCUUUGAGGGUUCCUGGCAGUUCUCACUGUGUAGAGUAUGGACAAAAGUGAGCUAAUCAUGCUCCAAAGUAUAAUUUCUGAUGGUAUGACUACAUUCUUGGCUUUAAACUCUCUAAUACUUUCUAUAACAAAGUGAAAAUUCUCUUUUUGACAUACUGACCAUUGUCAGUGUUACAAUGCAUGCAGGAGAAUUUGUGAAGAAGUCAGGGUAGCAAGGAUGCAAUGUUGUUUGUCUGCUUACACUGAUUCUCCUGUCCUUUAUAUUCUUGCUAGGCACUUUACUACAGCCUUUUGUGUAAUUUCUGUAUUUUUUUUAACGAGUGCUUUUUACCUACUGUACAGUUACUAAUCUACUUUUUUGCUAAAAAGAAAAUACUAUCCCUGAUAUUUGUCUAGAGGUAUGACUGCUUUUCAAGCUUUAGUGGAAACUGGACGAGUUCUGCAGACUCCUCAGAAGGGCCUGAGUCCCAAAUGACAACAGAGUUAAAUUUAUUUUGUAUAUAUGUAAACAUUCAUAUUAACCAUAGCUCCCUACAUGUGCAACAAGUUUCUUUUAUUUGUUGGUUAGAACAAACCCAAAACAUCACCAGAAAUAGUACACACAUACUCUGUGUCAGUUGAUAUACCAGUGAUGGAGUGCUCAGUCUUCACAGAGAACUAUUUUUGUUAAGAAAAUGGAACACAAUCUUGGUGAGCAGUUAAGAUGUUAAGACACAGCUGCUGUUAGGCACUUUAAUUCUUUAACUGGAGAGAAAAAACCACUGUCCAGUUUAGGUUACAGACUGAAAGUUCUUUAGUAGACUAUGACUGGGCAGGUAAUGAAUGAAACAGAAUCACAGAGUGGCUAAGUUUGGAAGGGACUACCACUGGGGUUAUCUGGUCCCUGCUCGAACAGGGUCAUCCUAGAGCCCAUUGCACAGUAUUAAAUGGUUAUUGAGUAUCUCUUGUGAGGGACACUCCAGAAAGGAAACAAGUUUGUUUUAGUGCAGGGAAUGCUGUAGGUGGUUUUCACCAUUAUUUGGACUGAGAGUUCUUCCCCUGAUUCAGUUGACUGGUGUGUGGAGGGGUGGGGGGGAAAUAUAUUUCUACAUAAAUUUAGUGUAUAACUUUGCCAGUUGUUAAUGUAUUGCUCACAUAAAUAAAUGCUUCAUGUUCAGCA